AUGGCGAGUGUUGGUAAGAACGAAUCGUUGAGCGCACAGGCAUAUCAGUUGACCGCUACACCUUAUCCGGCGGUGGUGAAUGGGUUAGCCCUUUUGGCUACACCUAUGGUAUCACCACAGAUGAGUGCUACUGCAGGGAUGACAUCGCCAGCAUCGUCUGCAAAAGGUGUUAUGAAGAAUGUACUCUCGAUGCCUUCAUCGAGAAAUUCUACUAGAACGAUAGGCCCAUCCAAUAAAGCAGCGAUGCUUUUCGGUGGUGCUCAGUUGCUGGGAGCAUACAUUAUAAAUGAUGGUGACUUAGAGAAUGGUGCAGGGUUUGUUACUGCAUGGUCAGCUCUGUAUAUGAUAGUGAGUGGUAAAGGAUCCGUUAAAGCUCUGAGAUACGGAAGAGUGUGGCCAUUAGCAUUGUCUACAUUGGCGUUAGGUAACACAGUACUAUACGGUAGAAGGUUCUUGUUCAGUGACUUUAAAUAA